UAUCUCAACGUGGUGCCCAUUAAAACCCCAAAACAAAGCAGCAAAGAAGCUUCAAUUAUAAACCCCUAAGCUUUCAUUUCAAACCCAUACUUCCAAAAUGAAAAGUCCCAUUUCAAACCCCAUUUUAUUGCUUCUUCUUUCACUUCCAACACCCUUCCACUUAGCCUUCAGUUUGGACAUAAUCCAACGCUCCUGCAAAUCGGCUGCAAAAACAGACCCAUACGUCGAUUACAAACUCUGCGUCCAAACCCUCAGAGCCAAUCCCAAUUCCAAAGCCGCAACGUUCAAGGAAUUGGUUCUGAUUUCGAUAACCCAAUCGAAGGCCAAUGCCACAGAGAUUGGGUCUGAGAUUUCAGAGCUUCUGAAAGGCAGUGAGAGAUGGGGGAAGGGGAAGUAUUCGUUGGGGUGUUUGAAGGGCUGUUUGGAGAUUUAUUCAGAGGCUGUUUCCGGGUUGGAAUUGGCUUUGGGAGCUGUGAAAAUGGGGGAUUAUGAAACGGCGAAUAUCAAGGUGAGUGCGGCCAUGGAUGCGGCAUUGAGCUGUGAAGAUGGGUACAAGGAGAAAGAUGGGGAGGUUUCUCCUUUGACGGAAAUUAAUUGUGGGUUCUUUCAGUUGAAUGCUAUUUCUCUUGCUUUUAUCAAUAUGGCUCUAUGAUUCCAUGGAUGGUUUCUAUGGAGGACAAGGAAGAGAAAUUUCCUGUGUUUUGAGGGGGUUUCUAGCAAAUUAUGGUAUUUUGUUUUGUUGGAGUGUUAAGAGUUUUUAAUGUUAUCUUCUUUCCUUAUUUGGAGCAAUAAAUAUUUGACAUAAAAAAAAAGAAUUUUAAAAAAGGUUGGAGCCAUUCGAUAACCCGGUAAUUUUCUGUUUUUGUGGACUAAUGGUUCAUCCUUAGAAGCUUGCUUUCCUUAAAGAAAAAGAAGCUUCCUUCCCACUCAACGUUGUGGACAAUUUUUUCGCAAUUUAAUGUUUAGAAGGUGUUCUAUACAACGAUGAAAGAGGAUCGAUUUUUCAAUUGAAUGAAGGGAUUCCAACCUAUACCAAAAUGUUGAAGACAUAUGGCCUCAAUAGGGAACUAGCCAAAUAGAUUAAAGUAGUUAGCUUGGGAAGUCGAGAUCAGACCGGGGGCAAAGGUUGCCUCCCAAAAGAAGUCUAGUUUGAGGCCAAUAAAACCGAGCUCAAGAUAGAGUCGAAAAAGGAGAAGGAAAGAUGGAAAGCUUCAUCAGCUCGAAGCCCUAAAAAAUGGAAAGUUCACUUUUUACCCAGAUCCUUUCCUCAUAUCUAAUGCAGAGAAAGCUCUGUUAUUUGAAACUUUGAAAGCAUAGUUACGCC